UGUGUGUGUGUGUGUGUGAGGAUGCUGCUGCUGCGCUGAGGAAUGCAGCUCACACGCUCCAUGUCUGUCUGUAACCUCCACACAGCAGACACUAUGUCAGUGGAGAUGGUCCGGCACGGCACGGCACGCCAGUCAACGGCUGUCCGACGCUAAAGUCCUCAGACAGGUUGUGACCUGGGGUCGUUGCUCUGAUCUGACGCUCGCCAUGAAAACCCGAGGCGACAAACCCGAGUCGCCGCCCGGCCGCCGGAGGUCUCGCUUCACCUUGCGGACCAGAAAGAAGAAGGACAGCGUGAUCCGGGGCAGACUUCGCAUCCGCUCCAUGCCCGGAGCCUUCCUAGUGCUGGGGAUCAUUGUAGUGGUGGUGGGCACCGCUCUGGCCGUGGCGGGUUACUGGCCUUACCGGAUAUCCAGGUCGUCCAUUCUGGCAGCUGCGGACAGGGAGAGUGUCUCCGAGUCGCAGGCGUCCGGUUGGAGUGUGGGCGCUAAGGGCCUCUUGUCCACAGCCAGCCUCGUCCACAGUGACCGGAUGAAGCUGCUGGGGCCUGUCAUCAUGGGUGUGGGACUCUUCAUCCUCAUAUGUGCCAACACAGUCCUGUAUGAGAACAGGGACAGAGAGACUCAGAUGCUUCUGGCCCAGAUGCGCAGCGUCAUCUGCUCCGUGUCGGCGGUGGUUCCCUCGGCGGACCUUAAAGAAAUCGCUGUCGCCAACUCGAUGGCAAAACACUACCAGUGGGUGAGCAGUUUACCAGCCGCUCAUCUUAACAUCCUCUGUCUGCAGGCGCACUCUGAGCCCCUGCUCCAGACCCGGCACACCACAGAGCACGAGGACAGCAUGGAGGGCGUCUACCAGCAAGCUGUUCUCCAGACGGAAGCCCUCCACCACCAGAAGUCAGAGUCUCCACCUUCCCUGCAGUCCUCCCACUCCAAUUCAUGCAACUCCAGUAUGACUGACUUGAACACACGGUCUGACGCCGAGCACAUAGACGGCGCCCGCUUCAGUCGGCAGGGCGCCACACUCGUCAAACUCAGCAACUGCCUGAUGUCCGCCAGCUCCAUGUCCACGCUGGGCGUGGACGAGGUGGACACCCUGGCCGCUCAGCCGCGGCGCUGCCACAGUAUGAGCUACAGGACUAAACCUCACGACGUAGCCCGAACUGGUGCGCGUCUAGACGGAGGACUCCGCGCGCCCGGGGCCGAGGAUCACAUACAGCAGCCUGUGGGCGCGAGGAGAGACGCCGGCUCGCAGGUUUGUGUGAACAUUCUGGGGCAGAUGGUGAACGCCGUGGAGGAGCAGACUCACCAGAGCUGGCCUCGGUUAGACCUGGCCGGCGGCAGACGGUACCUGAAGCUGGAGAACAAAGAGGACUCGGUGGACAAACUGCUUGACCAGUUAGAGCAGCAGUGCUCUCAGUGGGAUAAGAGUUUUGGCUCGGGGCCAUUUCAGUGAUGGCUGUUUUAGCUUCACGGUAAUUACAUUUUCCCCUGGAUUCAGAAAGUUUGUUUUUUUAAACUUUGAGCGAGGCUUAGAGAAACUGAGCCCCAGAUGAUUUGGAAUACAGUUUUUUUCUUCUUUUCUUUUCUUUUCUUUUCACAAGGUUCUUCCAAAAACCUCAGCCUGUUCCCAAUCUUCAGUGGAGUAUUGAUACACAAAGUAUUUUGCUUGGCUGGAUGUGACAGAUGUUUAUAUCGAAGAGCGAAGGACGUGAACCGCGACGGCACACCAGGGUUUUUCGUCAGUCUUGGUUUCCAGCGAUGUGAGAAAUUAACUUGCAUCUUUUGCCCGUUUCCAGGACACAGUGAGCACGACCAAGAGAAGAGUGCUACAGGAGUGAGGAUGGUUUUCACUGUGCAAUCAUUUUUGAACCAAACUACCUGGACCUCUUUGCCCAUAAAGUGCUGACAGCUCUUUGCAAAUGCUCCGAGCAUUUGGAAAAGGGACCUUCUCCCCCCACCCACCCCCAGCUGAGGUUUCAUACUCGAAAUGCAAUGCAUGGCAGCGAUGUACAGUAUGUUACAUCUAAAUAAUUAUGCAGAUUAAUGUCACUGUUGGUUUUAUGUGUAUAAAAUGUAACGAUACUUAAAAAGGUCAUUCUGGUUUGUUACUCUUUGGGUCUAAUUGUCUCACAUUUGGCUGUUGUUCCUGCAUCAUGGGGGGGGGGUUAACACUGUAAUCACCAACCUAAUUACUGAGGCCUGGGAACAUGAUGACAUCACCAUCUCUUAACUGUGAUGGCUGUUUGGAAUGAUAUCAUUAUACAGUUUGCCUUUUUGUUUUCUUACGGAGAAAUGAUCAUGCCCAUACAUGGGAUCAGAGGAUUCUUUUUCUUAUCUUUACUAAAGAGAAUAGUCAUGUUUUUUAUCAACCAAAAAUGUAAAAAAUUACAAAAUGAAGGCCCCAAAUGUCAUAAUAAACUAAACUGAACACUAAGAUAGCAAAAAUAAUCCAUGACAGGAGGAGACGUUUAACAGGAAAAUUCUUUUAAACUGAAACACAGGCAACGAAGAACGAUGAACAGGAUGAUGCGACAAAGACACUGGGGAGCACAGUGUGGAAAUACACCAGGGAGGGAGGGCAGGGAGAGUGGAGUGCAGGUGAAUCACAUCAGUGCGGGGCAGGCAAUCACAGUGGAGGUUAAACUGGGGGCUCGCACUCGGAUGAAAUGCAAAAGAAAACUGGAAACGAAUAAAAAUAGAAAACCAGGGGCGACCACGAACAAAGAGCUAAAAAACAUGACAACAAAAAGUCCAAAUCAGGCACGAGGAGUAAUCCAGGGGUCAAGAUCCAGAGGAGAAAAGGCUCACUUGUUAGGGUUUUAUCAAAACCGAAACUGAAACCAGUACUAUUUAUUGAUACUUAUCCAUACUUCCUGCACUGCCUCACUUCUAUCGAGUGUUGUAUGUUGUAUACCCAAAAUCACAACACGCAUUAUCUCCGGACACUGUACAUAGACAUCAUUAUAGAGAGCAGAGGAACCCAACAAUUCACACAACGAACAAGCGCUAGUGGCAUCAGCGACAGAACCAGACUCAAAGAUGUGCGGCCAUGUGCCCAGACAGGUUGUGGUGAAAGGACAACUGGGGGACAGAGGUGAGGUAGAGACAGAAGAGAGAGACCACGAGCAGAUAUACAACACCUGUGUCACGUUUUCAGUUCAGACGAGACAGUUCUGAAUCAGUGAAGACGUGUUCAUAGAACAGCAAUGUUCAUUUAUACAAGCAGCAGAGACUGACGUUUAAGUGCUUGUCCGCCAUGAUGACUGAACAGUAAACAAACGCCACGUCAAAAAAUAAUGUCCAGGACAGCAUUAGGGGAUAGUUUGGAGUCCAAACAAGUCAGCAUUAAUGUAACAUAAAUAUUGAUAGCCACACACCGUUAGUCUAAGAUGCUCAUCAAUAAUUCAGUGCCCGACCAUUGAGGAACCACUUAAUUACCUGUUCUCCAUACCCCGUCCCGUCCCUAUUCGCCCAGUCACUCAAAAAUCACUAUAAUAUGCCGAGCUUUUAGUCAAAGACCUUCUUUGAGGCAAGAACCGCUGUCGUUUCAACAAACUUAAAGCUCUUAAUUACCCGUCAUGCAGAACGUGCAUCUGUCAGUCGCUGGUGAGAAUCAAAGGAACAGCAGUUCUGGGCGUGGAGUUAACGACAUUAUCUGCACCUCAAGCUUCCAUCCAUGAGCAUUCAAGUAGUGGUGGAUGCCUGAGUGUAUCCCAAGAUUCUUUGCAUGCUUGGUGAAGAGAUAAUGGAGAUAAACAAUGACAGAACGUCUGGAGAACAUACUUUUAAAAUAGAACAGGGGUCUGCAACCUUAUGAAAAGAGCCCUUUCUGUUCACCCAAAUAAACCUAAUCUGGAGCCGCAUUUGACCCAUAAAAUUAAGAUAAUAUCACAUAUAAGUUUUUUAUACAGAUGUACUGCAUACAAAAUAAGGAUAGUUUGUUGAAGUACAAAAAGAAAACUGUUGACAUUUCAUUAUUGUUUAUUUUAUUAUUAUUGUUUGUGGCAAAUUAAUGAAAUUUAAAGUAACCCACUUUGUAAUAAAUUAAGCAAUCUUUGGGUUCAAUAUCACAUUUGAAGUAGAUGUGACGAACAAAAUAUUAGAACACUUUUCUUUAUCACCUUGAUCUCUAAAUCAGAGGUGUUCACUGUAGAAGGGCUGAAGAGCCAGAUGUGGCUCUAGAGCCGCAGGUUGUAGACCCCUGGACUAGAAGAACCUGGUUUCAACGCAAACGUUAGUUAGUCAAGUGAUCCUGUGCCACAUCCAGCUGCAGCUCUUGUACUAUAAGCAAUAAGACAAAAGCAAAAUCCCUCAUAAAUGAGAUCCUCUCGUUGAAGGACGCCCAUCUUCUCCUUGAACUUGUAGGCUGAACCAAAAAAAAUAGAUGGUCCCUCCAUGUCGUCUGCAUCCUGGGGAGGUGGCAGCCUCUGAACUGAUGCAGCAAGAGAGAGAGAAUAACCAAAUGAGAGAGACUCAUCUUGUAAACAUUAACCAGCUUUCUGUGUGGCCUAUAAUCUUCUGUCCACAUCCAUCAGCUUCUCUGUUUAGAGUAAUCUGCUCUCGGAGGAGGUGUGAGGAGGUGUGGAUGUUUAUAAUAAUGACUGCAGGAGGGGAGGUCAUCUACUGUAUCUUGUGGAGCUGUUUUUUGUGUUCACUCAACCUCUGCUUAAGUGGUUCUUCCAGCAUGAAAAUUUAGAUAAUUAUUACAUAUCCAACCUGCUCCCGUCUCUCGAGCAGCUAUAUUCACAAACAUCGACAGUACUCUGUGUGUGAGUCAGGCAGAGCAAACAGCUGAGCGCAGCACAGUGUGUCAGAGGCACAUAUUCCACCGACACCAGCGCCUGGCCCUUAAAUGACCUUAAAUGAUUGAAUAUGCAGGUGAUUUGUUUAAUCCCAGACGUGCUGUGAAAACCGCACAUACACCAUCGAUAAUACGUUAUUGUUGGACAAUUUACACCUGAAAUUUAAGCUGACAUCUGUAGCCCUGUUCGGGUAGGAUUAGUUUUACAUGGAGUAAUUGUUCGGGACCUUUUUCAGUGACUAAAAUCACUGAGGAGAUCUGGUUAUGAUGUCUUUACCGCACCUCCUCAUGUAAAACUAAUCCCGCCUGAAUUGGGCUAUAGUCACAUAAAGAAAAAUACAGUUUACAGUUAAACUGGAUACUGGAGUUGUCCCCUUUUAUCAGACAUUUGGAUAUUUGUACCAACAUGGAGGGGGAAAGUUCAAACUCAAUCCUAUAAAACUCAAAAUAUAAGGGCCUAAGAGCGCAACAGACUGUCUGAUGUAAUUACACCUUGGUCUGACAGAGGUUAUUGUGAGUGCAGCUCGGCCUUAGAUCCACUGUGUUUCGCUGUGCAAUUAUGUUUGUGUUUGUUUUAAUUCCACAUUUAGCUUGUUCCAUAAUUUUAGAAAAGCUAUUUGUGGUUAUGCAUAUUCUAUUCAUCUUUAAAUUGAAUUGUCCCCUUAAAUUAUAGCCCCCCUCUCUUUUUCUGUAUGUGACCAGGUAACAAUUUAUUACUUGCUUUGAACCAUCAUGUUGUAAAACUAAUUAUGUGUAAGCUGCUGUCACUUUAAUUCCAAAUGUAACAGAGCAACAAAUCAUAUUUCCAUGUGCGUCAUAUUCCCAGUUUGCUUAAUUCCACUCAGAUAUAUCCUCCACCUCUACCAUGUUGUCUGGAACUAAGCAUCAGCAUCAGUAUUCAUAAGCAGUAUAUAAACUAUUUAAUUAUGUUUAUGACAAACUGUGAUGUCGGACGCAGACACAAGCUGUCAACAAGUCCAUAUGUGCCGGCUGCUGUAUGAUGAAUAUUAAUAGGAAAAAAAACACAUUAGUAAGAACCUCACAGUUGCAAUGACAGACAGACGCUGACUAAUACUGGAUAUUAAUAAGCGCCGAGGACCUAAUCGUUUACAUAAACCAUCAGUCAGCCCAUGAACGCGGAAAGACAAACAAUAACAAGGCAAAACAAUAAUAAGGAAUAUAAGAAGAAACUUUACAUUUCUGUUGGGGUCUAAUAUUAGUCACCCUCAUAGAACUAAGCACAAAAAAUUGGCUUUUUAAAAGCAAGCUAUAAAAAAUAUCAUAUCUUAUUAUAUGCUGUAUUUGACUUUCAUUGAGCAGAUUUUUUUCCACCUACAUCCGAUCUAAUUUCAACCCUUUAAAUGCCAUUUGUCAUGACACAACCAUGUUUUUAGAUGAAAAUGAAAAUAUUAAUUAUUUUCAAUAAACUACAUGCAAAGUA